GCAAGCCAUUCUCAGCAACUCUGUGCGGGAAAUGGCUGAAGGAGUGGAUCGCCUGGUGCGGGACCAGGCCCACCUGAAGGUCCAUCUCAACGGAGUUCUGGAUGAGAACCGCCGGCUGGACCACGAGUUGGCCAAGUGCAAGAGCAUUCUGGCUCGCGGCGAUUACCAGGAGCUCAAACACCGCCUUCUGCUGAGCAAUAAUGCAUUGGACGCGGCCAAGAAGCAGGUGGAUGAGCUCACCAAGGAGCGGAACAGCCUGAAAUCCAUGCAUGACUUCUCCAAACAGACCAUCGAAACCAUGGAGAUGGAUCUGAAGAACUAUCGCGUCCAUUUGCAACUGUCUGGAGAUGACCAGUAAGCUUUGAGAAAGUCGUAUGUUCUAGGGACGCCAGAGAGACUAGCGCGUACAAAUCCUAAAAUACACUUCUACGUUUUCGGAAUUCACUUUUAGGUCAUCCAGCGGUACUCGAAGGUCGUCAAAAUGCUGGAGGCGAAGGUGGUGGACCAGCAAAAUGAGAUUCGCACGCAGGCGGAGACCAUAAAGGCACUCCACGAUCACAAACAGCACAGCGGGGAGCAACUGCUGCAGCUGCAUGCUCAACUGAGGGACCGCGAGCAGAGUGAGUCCAAGGUGUCCAUACUGCAGAAGCAGCUUAAGGAGUACGAGGUGUCGCUGAGACACACUCACAAUUUGCUUAUGGAGAGCACAAGACGGGAAACCAACGCCAUGCGAAAAGUGGAGGAGGCCAUCAUACUCAGCGAAGAGGCAAACAAGGAGAAAAUGGAGGCCACCAAGCUGGCCGAGGCCUACAAGGAGGAAUUCACCCAGUUGGCCACCAAUAUCGGCACCAUUAUGGAUGAGGCGUCCACACGGGUUGACGUUGAGGUGGACCAGCUGAAGAAUAUGCUCAAACAGAAGGACACUUUGAUUAUCACCAUUAAGGAGAAGCUGAAAAAACAGGCUGUCGAUCAUAAAUCGGUGGUUCACAUGCUGGAGACCCGGAACAAUCGCCUGGAGCAAAAGUACAAGGAGGUGCUGAAGCAGAACGAUAAGCUGGAGGUCGAGUUGGAGGUAAACUGCCGCCGACUUGGCGAGCUGGAGCGAUCCCUUAACGAAGUAUACGGGGAAGAUGCCCACGAUGCCAGGAUAAAAAGGCACUAUGAGUCGCAAAUGGAGCACUGCCUAAUGGAGCAUAAGAAGAUGAAGGCCAAAUACCGCGAAGGUAUGGAGGACAUCACGCAACGCUUCGAAUCGGAAAUUUACAAGUUAAGGGAGGAUAACUCCCUGCUGCUGGCGGAAAACGAACUGCUUAAGAGCGGGGCCGCAGGUGACAGCUCCAGGCAGCCUUCCUAGACCUUCCUAGACCUGACUUUACGAUUGUACAAAGAUAUAUU